AUGACUCCAGCACCAACUUCUGGUUCCGAAGAGUGGGUAGAAGAGGACUUCGACCCACUACCUGACGCGGCAGUCGUCUCGCUCAACGAAUGGGCUGCUCUUCACUUAGACUUGAGGUUUCUACGAGGUCAGUUCGACAGCAAUAAGGACAUGCAGGCUGAAAUGAUGGAGAAUUCCAAGCCUACGGCUCCAGUCAUUGAGUUUGUGGCUUCAGGUAUAUACUUUCCUGUAUAUGCCCAUAUGGUCACUCAAACCGCGCAAAGCAUUAAGCGCAUGAUUAAGAGUACCACUUCGGCCACAUCGUAUAGAGCCCCCAUCGAGAUCAAAGUACCCUUCCAUCCCUUUGUGGCUCAGUGCGCGGUGGAUUGGUGGAAGAAUAUGAAGGUAGACGCAAAAUACCAGAAGCGUCUUGAGGAUACACACUACUCUUUCUUGCCUGCCGACUACAAGGAGCUGGAUGUUUCCUCGACCAUGUCCACUGUGAAACUACUUAUGGACCUCCACGACCUAGCCCUACACUUUGAUGACAUACUUCUCCACGGCUGCAUCCUGGGUAAGCUCAAACAUGGACUCUACCAUGGCAUAUGGCCUUUGGAAGACAUGGCCGAGGGUCUUUGCAUAGCCUAUGGCCGGGCAGCCCUUGACAGGAAUGGUCGAAACUUGCGGAAGAUCUUUCUGUCAGCUUUCGUUCGCUCUCUUCCUAGACUCAAGAGAAUAGUUCGCCUUGCUCCGUUGUACGCACGAGUGCCGGAGCUGGAGUUGGACAUCCGUAGCGGACUCACAUGGAUUGCCCAAGACCGUCUUGAGGACGAUACUACUAGUCAUGACUAG